AUGGCACCAUGGGUUCCAGUAUUUAGUCAAUCAGUUAUUGCAGAGUUAGCAGCUACUAAUAACUCUCCACCAUUCACAGCAUUCCAACUCUCCACCAUUGAUGGACAUACUGGUUAUCCUCGAAAUAGAACAUUAGUAUAUCGAGGAUUUCUCUUUAAUGAUAAAUCAAAUAGCAUUAUUACUUGUACUACCGAUAAAAGAAUGAGUAAAUAUCAAGAACUUCAACAUAAUGAUAAAUUUGAAUGUGUAUUUUAUUUUGCCAAUAUUAAAAAGCAGUUUAGAUUCAGAGGUCGAGCUAGAUUUAUUGAUGAUGUAUAUCAGCCAAUUAUUGAUUUAUCUAGUAUACAACCAAAAACAUUAUUAGAAAAGGAUCAAAAGAAAUAUGUCAGACGAGAAAGAGAAUAUAAUGAUUCAGAUUAUGAUGAUUUAGAAAGUAUUCAAUCUAAGAAUAUUACAGAUUUAGAUAUUUCUAAUUCAUUGGUAUCAACUCCAACAACCAAUACUCAUAAUACUCAUAAUUAUCAAUUAAAUCCUAUUCAAUCAAGUUUAUUAUCACCAGCAUUGUUACUGAAAAUUAAUGAUUCAAGUCAUGAUUUAUCAUAUAGUACAUUAAAUGAUAUUUCUCAUAUUCAAUAUUAUCCACCAUCAAAGGAAGAAUGGGCGACAGAAAGAGAAAGGCAAUGGAAUGAAUUACUGAAAUCAUUAAAGAAAUCAUUUAGAAAACCUACCCCAUUAAAACCAUUAGAUGAAGAUAAUAUAAAACUUCUUGAUAGAAUUAGUCGAGGUGUUGAUGGUAAGAAAGAAAUUGAUGGAUUUAAGAAUUUUGCUGUAAUUGCAUUAUUUAUUGAUUAUGUAGAUUAUGUUGAAUUAGAUCAUGAUAAGAGAUAUAUUUACGAAAAGGAUUCAUCUCAACAAUGGAGUGAAGAAGAGGUGUGUCCAUAA